AUGGCUUCAAGCUUCACCGUGAACUGUCUUACACCCGCCGAGGUGGUUGAGACUGUCACUGUCGCAGGUGCAAUCAAGGGCAACAUGCGCCUAGACAAGGUCUUCUUCAGUGGUGUCUCUGCUGGAUGCUUGCUUGCAUUUGCUUGUGCUACUGCGCUCAGCACCAACACUGCCCCCUGGUGGCAGGAGAAUGCGCCUGGUCUGAUUCGCACCAUUUCUGCCUUGGUCUUUCCUUACGGGUUGUGCAUGAUUAUCUUGACUGGUGCUGAUCUCUGUACUGGAUCUUUCAUGUUUACCACCAUGGCAGCCCUUCAGCGUCGUCUCCCCUGGUACAAAAUGCUGAUUCACUGGUUCGUCACCUUCUUCGGCAACUUGUGCGGCUCCCUAUUCAUGGUCGCCAUCAUCCUCGGAUAUGGCGAAGUCUUCAGCGCCGACCCCUACAAGAGCGAAGUAAUCACUUUCGCGACCAAGAAACAAGUCACACCGGAAUGGCAAACCGUGUUCUUGCGCGGUAUCGGCUGUAAUUGGCUCGUCUGUCUUGCCUGCUUCUUCGGCAUGCAGGGUCGCGAUCUCGCCAGUAAGGUUAUCGGAAUCUGGUGGCCCGUCUUUGCCUUCGUGUCCUUGGGCUUCGAUCACGUUGUCGCCAAUAUGACUUUCAUUCCUAUGGCUAUCUGGUUGGAUGCACCUGGAAUCUCGGUUGGUCUGUACAUUUGGAAGGGUAUCAUCCCUGCUUUUAUUGGUAACGUCCUUGGUGGAGGAUUAUUCUGCGGUAUGUACUACUGGUACAUGUAUGCCCUCGAGGACGACUUCUCUCUCGCGUUGCAGACUAUCAAAGGCCGACGACAGAACGUCAACUCCGACAUCGAGGCCAACGCUGCUGCUGCUGCUGGAGCUGGUAUCAAGGAAGGCCCUCACUCUGACUAA